GAAUCUAUGAGACUCAUAGUGGCUGAAAGACUUUAUCGCUUGUGUCCUACUACUGAAUAUCGUGAUAUGCCUCUUAUUGAGAUUAACAAGUGCAUCGAUAAGUUUCGUAAAAAAAAUCCAUCCUUCCCAGUAACAGUCAGUGAUUGGGCAGAACGUGAGAUGAUUCGUCGCCAUGUCAAUUAUAGACGCUCAGUGCUUAAUAUCAAUGAGAUCUCUGAAACACAAGAUACAACCGUUUCUACUAAUAAUAGAAUCAAAGCCCGUAAACCGAACGGCAAUAGUAAAAGAGCUAAAAAAGGAAAGCAUGUUAAUCAUAAUACGAUCGACACUGAUGAAAGCGAUACAAAUUUAUCAGAAAAAAAUAUUGGAUUGGCACUUAAUGUUCGCGAGAUGCCCAAAAUUCAAGAUACAACUUCUUCCACUAAUAAUAGAACUAGUAAACCGAGUAGGAAAAAAGCUAAAAAAGGAAAACAAGUCGAUCACAAUGCACCUGCUAAUGUUGAUGAAAGUGAUCCGAACAACAAUAGUAAAGGUACUAAAAAAGGAAAACAAGUUGAUCAUAAUACACCUAUCGAUGUUGAUGAAAGUGAUCCGAAUGACGCUAAAAAAGGAAAACAAUUCGAUUACAAUGCACCUAUCAAUGUUGAUGAAAGCGAUCCAAAUUUAUCAGAAAAAGAUAUUGGGCUAACACUUAAUGUUGGUGAGAUUGAAAUGCUCAAAACUCAAGAUACAACUGCUCGCACUAAUAGUAGAACCGGAGUCCGUAAACUUAAAUAUAGAAAACAUGUUGAUCAUAAUGCAUCUAUCGAUGUUAAUGAAAGUGAUUCAAACAACAAUAGUAAAAGAGCUACAAAAGGAACCCGUGCCAAUCACAAUUCACCUAUCGAUUUUAAUGAAUGCGAUACAAAUUUAUCAGAAAAAAAUAUUGGAUCAGCAAUUAAUGUUGGUGAGAUUACUAAUAAUAGAGUAAAAGACCGCAAACCUAAGAAAGGAAGAAAUCUUGAAAGUUCAAAAAAACUUGAUAAAGAUCUGCAAA